GGAAUUUAGAUUGGGAUCCCAAUCUUUAUCGAUAUAUUGGGGGCAUUUGGCCAGCCAGGGCUCACGCUCAAGCAAGCAAUUUUCUUUUGGAAAAUUCAUGGGGGCUGAGCCGCAACUCCCUCUCGGCCAAGCCGAAAUAUAUUGCGGGGAUUACUUACAGGCCUUGAUUUCGGCGCUUCAGAUGAUAGAAUGUAUAUAUCCCCACAGCACAGACCCGUUCUAUCGUAAAUUUAUUUGAUUCCUAUGUUCAAAGUGACCAUGUGGAUACCAAUAUUCGAGCAAAAAGCCUCAACGCAUUCAAACUUGCAGUAAUAAGUGCUCGGGAUAAUACUUUAAACUGCGUGUCCGCUACCCGCCCAGCAAAGCCCCUUUCUCUAUUUUGUACCGCUCGUUGUGUUUAUAUUUGCUUUUUUUACACUUAAAUUUAAUUUACACUUUGUGCCAUAGGCAAAAAUGAGCUUUAGCCCUGACACAGUUAUGAGAGAGGUGACAUCCGAUUCGGGGAUCCAGACAUGCGACCAGAUAUCAGACAGGCAACAGCGCCUGCUUAUGCAGUGCUACUGUAAAAAGGAAUAUAACACGUUGUUUAUGAAGUACAACAAGGCUGCCAGCGAGGUGGUGUGCACGCGGAUGGACAAACACGUGUACACAUUCAAUGCCACCCUGGUGUGCCAGACCUACAGGGACUACGACUGUGUAGGUGUUAACGCAGAUGCCAGCACAGUAUCGACGACAAAGGUUUUGAUUGUGGCUACUCUACUCAUUAGCUUUUUAUUCGUCUAG